GCGAGACCAAGCGGCCGUUCGGCUGAACCGUCACCGCGAGGCUUACUGGCCACUAUUUAGUUAGCCUGUAUGACCAGCUUGAGAAUUAGCAAUCUCUGAAACACAAGAGCUGGACAAAUACAGAAUAUGCUCAAAGUGAGUUAAACAUUUAUGUUUCAAGGAGGCGUUGUCCCACAGCAGAGGGUGCUUCAGAAAGUCGGCGUUUCACUUCUUCUCAGUCGUGUCUGCAAAGGUGUGCUGAUGUUAGCCGAGUUAGCAAACAAGGCUAACGCUAGCUAACGUGACAGUGCUGCCGGCUGCGCAAACGACAGCCUCGGACUGACCCAGAACAGCGUUGGUGCGGUAACCAUGUCAGGAAUUAAAAGAAAAAUAGAAGACAAUGACCCAGACUAUGAAAACAUUUCACUGGUUCAAAAUAACAAGAGAAACAAGACGGCUGAACACAAUGCUCGCGAGGCAGCGAUACAGAAGAUUGAAACCAUAAUCAGGGAGCAGUUUUCUCUGGAAAUGAAGAACAAGGAGCAUGAAAUAGAUGUGAUAAGUCAGCGUUUAAAUGAAGCCAGAAGGAUGAUGGACAAACUGCGGGCAUGCAUAGUGGCCAAUUACUAUGCCAACGCUGGACUGACAAAGCUUCCUGAGCAUGCCUCCAAGAGUGACCCUGCUGUUUUGAACCAUCCCACCAUCCGCCGGUUCCUGGAGUCUCCCUCUCGUUCUUCUUCCCCUCUCAACCAGGGCUCUGAGACUAUGUCUGUGGUCCACUCAGAGUCCGAGUCCCUGUCGCAGCAAGGAGAGGGCGCCGAGAGGAACGGGGAGGGAGCCUGGAGAGAGGACGGCUGCAGGCCGGAACGCAGACCCGGACGCAACACGGGCAAAGACACCUUUGGCGUGCCAUCGUGCACAGGGGCUGAGAAGAGGGUGACCUACCACACAACUGGAGACGAAGCCUCGAGACUCUACGCAAAGAAGACAAUUGUUGUGGGGAACGUGUCCAAGUACAUUCCCCCCGACAAACGGGAAGAGAACGAUCAGUCAACACAUAAGUGGAUGGUGUAUGUCAGGGGUUCAAGGAGAGAACCGAGCAUCGACCACUUUGUGAAGAAAGUCUGGUUCUUUCUGCAUCCCAGCUACAAGCCUAAUGAUCUAGUUGAAGUCAGCGAGCAUCCCUUUCAUUUGACACGUCGUGGCUGGGGGGAGUUCCCUGUGAGGAUCCAGAUCCACUUUAAAGACCCUCGCAACAAACGUAUUGACAUCAUCCACCAGCUAAAGCUGGACAGAACAUACACAGGGCUGCAGACACUGGGCGCAGAAACUGUUGUGGACGUAGAGCUCCAUAGGGACUCUCUGGGGGAAAGCUACAUCCCUCAGCCCUCUUCUUCCAAGGUGACGCACAGAGCAGCUAGUCCUACGUUGGUCUCCUCCCUGACCUAUAGACGCUCUAGUUCUCCUGUUUCAGAUGACUGCAGCGUUGAUAAAGGUUUCAUCAAAGCAGAGAUGGGAAGGCCUGGUCACAGUUCAGCUCUCACUGCUGGCGAACGCACUCCAACUCGACCCAAAGCUGACGACAGGGUUACCCUGGGUUCCCAUGGCAACUCCGCCUUCCAGCCCAUCACAGCAAGCUGUAAAAUAGUCCCUCAAGGACAGCCCCCCAGUCCUGCCGAGUCUCCGGGAAAAUCAUUCCAGCCGAUCACCAUGAGCUGUAAAAUAGUGUCGGGAUCACCCAUCUCCACUCCAAGUCACUCCCCGCUUCCCCGCACACCUUCAACCUCCACCCCUGUCCAAAGCAAGCAAAGCUCUUCUUCUGCACUCAACAAUCCUUACAUUAUAGUGGAUAAACCUGGACAGGUGAUCGGCAUGGCUUCCUCAUCCACUGCCUCCACAGGAAGCCACCCAGCCAAACAGGCUCAGGGCGCUCGGUCUCCAGCACCUAAAGUUCACACCGGCACCUUUCUUUCCUCGGGGGUGAAGGUUAUCAUCAAGCAGGAGCCCGGGGAAGUUUCAACACAGCAGCAGCAGAUGGUUUCCACGGUAACCAGCCAGCAGCAACCUGCUGCUUCGGGAGCUCAUCAGUUUGUCGCAGUCAAGGGAGGUCACAUGAUCUCCAUGUCAGCCCAGAAACAGGCAGGAGGGGCCACGGGGUCCACAACCAGCAAGGUGUUGGGUAUUCCCGUUGGCUCCGCACUUCAGUCCUCGGUCAAACAGGUGGCCAUCAGCAGCGGACAGAUUCUGGUUGCCAAGGGCAGCCCGUCAGUGUCUAAGGUGGUGGGGGGGAAGCAGGUUUUGGCCCAGGGAGUUGCAAAGGCCAUUGUCAGCGGAGCCAGCAGCAUCUCUGGUCAGCAGGCUGGUGCUAAGGCAGCUGGUGGCUCCGGCGGCAAGAGUGGAGUGAUGGCUACUCUUCAGCUCCCAGCCAACAAUUUGGCCAAUCUAGCCAAUUUGCCUCCGGGUACCAAGCUCUACCUGACCACCAACAACAAGAACCCGUCUGGGAAGGGAAAGCUGCUUCUCAUCCCACAAGGAGCCAUUCUCCGAGCCUCCAGUGCUGGUCAGCAGUCCCAAAGCAGCUCGUCAGCAGGGGGAGGCAGCUCGCAGAACUCCUCUUCAUCCUCUUCUUCUUCAAGCAGCCUGCCUUCCAAUCUCUCCUACACAUCCUACAUCCUCAAACAAACCCCACAGGGUACAUUUCUGGUUGGCCAGCCAGCACAGGGAUCAGGAAAGCAGGCGAGUUCCAGUGCAGCAGGUCAUUCAGCAUCAUCUUCAGUUUCCGCCACUCAGCAGGCAAUCCGGGUCACUGCUGGGCAGAAGGCGGCCAUCGUGGCCCAGGUGGUGGGCAGCUCCCAGGGGGCUCAGCUGAAGCUGUCUGAUGGCUCCGUUAAGACAGUAACAGCAGCAGGAUCCGGCCACAUGUCGAAGCCGGGUACCACCACACUGAGGAUGACAGGUGGAGUCAUCACUGCGGCUAGCUCCACCCCUGUUGGUACCACAGCAGCAGCCGGUCAACAGCAGGCAAGUUUCACUGCUUCUGCUGCCGAGGUUGGAAAGUCCGCCCCGCAGCACCCCUCACUUCUGGUGGCAGCCAACCAAGCCGCAGUAAUCAGCGCCGCCAAGAACGCCAGCGCCGCCAGCGGCGGCCUCUCCAAGACGGCCGCGGCCUCCCUAGCCAAAGGAGCCGGGAGCUCCUCUGCCUCCGCGACUAAGAGCACAGCAGGUCCAGCCGGAGCCGCCGUGACGGUGGCAAAAGCAAUGGCCAACAUGCCCGUGGUCAGCACGUCCAAAACAGCGGGGGCAGGCUCCGCGGCAAGCGUGCCUAAGACUGCCGGCACCUCCUUAGUUUCUGCAGCCUCAGUGGUCAGCGGGGGGGCAGGUGGAGGAGGGAAGACAGGUGCUGCGUUAUCAGGUAUGCUGAAGAUCCACUCCGGAGGCGCCAGCUCCCAGCAGACGGUGCUCACUAUCCCUGCCAACCAGCUCAAGCAGCUGGGGGUUGGCACUGGCUCUGGCGGGCUGCAAACCAUAUUCAUGCCAGUCGGGAAAGUCGUGUCUAAAGGCCCAGUCUCCACUGUUCCCUCCUCCCUCUCCUCUUCCACAACCCCUGGUGCAUCUGGAGCUGGAGCCUCCCCAAAUCCUGCCAGCCAGGUCUCCCCCUCCCUUGCCCUGCCUCUGGCACAAGUGAAAACAGAGCCAGGUGCCAGUAGAGCGAUCUCAGCCAGUCCAUCGCCCUCAGUGACCGGUCCCGCACCCACCCCUGUCCACGCCUCCUCCUCCUCCACAGCAGCCACCGUCAAGCAAGAACAAGGAGCGGAUACCUCCGCACACGACCUCAUCAACACUGAGCACAUAGAGACCAUGAUGCAGCUGCUGACAGCUGUCGUGAAGAAGUUUCCUCUCAUUGUGCCCGAUAAAACUGAAGACUCCCAUCCGUUUUGUGCCUCUUCCACUGAGCAGUAUUAUUCUUGGAAUAUUGGCAAGCGCAGAGCUUCAGAGCUUCAGCGAGCGGUGGCAGUGAAGCGGGUUGUCCAGGACCUGCUGGAUCGCUCACCCCGCCUGCAAGCCCUCACCCCCCCGAAAACCAGAGAGGUGGUCCAGUGGUGCCGGCAGAGGGGCUACACCCCCCCAGACCCAGAGCCCCAAAACAAGAAUGACGAUGAGUCCAUCGAAGACAUCCUCACCCAAAUAGAUAACGAACCCGAGUGCCCGUCCACCCUGAGCAGCUGCGAGGAGCUGAUGCUGCGGCUGGAGCAGAUGCAAGCCCUGCUGAAGACCGAGCCGGACGAGGCAGACGACGAGUUGGUCGACAUCGUCACCGCGACCCCCCCCUGUCAGAAGCUGAAGGUGAAAGAGGAGGAACCGGAAGCCGACACCGAGCCCAAAUUCUUCCUGGGGCCCUGCGCGGCCUCCCAGUUUGUCAGCGAAACAGCCCAGCAGAUCGGGAUAACCUUUCAGCCAGUGGAGGUGGAGAAGAAUGUGUUUGCCCCUGGAGUUGAAGCCAUGAUUCUGAAGGCAACAGAACAGUUUGCCAGUGACAUCCUGAGAGAAGCUCUGGCCGGGGCUUAUGCCAAAUCCCCUCCUAACAGGGCACCGAGAGAGAUAACAGCCAUGAACAUCCACCAGGCGGUCAGUAGCAUCCCCACCUGUGACUUCCUCACCAACGCACACAUGGGCUACCUGAUAAAGGACAACUGAGGGCAGCGUGACACCGAAUGGUACCCGACGGGGUCCGGAGGGAUGGGAAGGUCUGCACGGGAAGUGGCGGCCCUAUCAUGUGACUUUUGUCAGGCAGAUGUAGUCCCACAGCUGCAGGUUGUGCAGUGAUAACUAGAGUACUGUGUUCAUUAACAUGCUCCACCUGCCUCUCAAAGCAGCUGCUGAGAAUGACUAAUGUUUUUAAUACUGUGGGUACAUUAUCACCUUUUACUUCACAUGUUUAAGAGAGGCUGUCUCGUAAGGCGCCGUUUGAUUCACAUUCAGAGUAGAGGGCGUGCUCCCUACGUACUUUAUAACACGAUUAUUUUGAGGACAAAGUCUUUGCUGCCAGGCAGCUGCUCAUAGGGAAUAAAGCCUGAGUGACUUAGAGGACUAAAUGAUAACCAUACAACUGCUGUCCUCCCCUGCCCUCUGCAUCUGCUGCGUUAGGAUUUAGUCCUUUAUCCAGCGGAAAUCCACAGAUGAACAGCAGUUUGCAAACAGCAGUGAUCGUGUGAGCGUUUUUCUGGGGGAUGCUUUGGGCUGAGAAAUGUGUGCGAGAGGUGCUGCUGCCACGACAACCCGUGGUCAUCUUCACCCACACCCUUUGACGUAUUCCAGUCUUACCCUGCAGAGGUAACGAGGAGUCUUGCCAUGUGGUCACACAGGAAGCAACUGCUUUUUUCCAAGGAUCUUCACAAGAAGUGACGGAGUCGUUUUAUAUUUAUAAAUAGCCGCUGGCCUCAUCACGUUCAACGCAAUGUCACAUCGGAACAAGUGGGAGACACUGGUCAUAGUGUUGGACAUUGGGGAACAAGACGUCGGUGCCGUUUUUUAAAAAAGUUUUCCGUUUCACAACUUUAAAGUGCUUUGAGGCGAACCCGCCACAACCCGACGUCCUCCUGGUGCCGUGCAGCCUGUCCACCGGGGGACACUUUGGUCCUGGCACUUGCGCACAGCCACCUAAUCAUUUUCACAAUAAUGAGGCACAAAGUGCUGAGUCAGCCUCUAAACUGCCCAAAGCCCAGUCAGACCAAGCAUCAUAAGCACCUAACACGUAUUAAACUCCUGAUUGUUCAUGUUUGGCUGAUUGUUGCUGAUGACCAGUGUCUUGAUUAUGUUGCUUUCAAAUGAUGUUUUUUUUUUUUUUAUCUAACUUCGACACCCUUAAACAAUAACUCCCCCCCCCACAGCAGUGUGUUUAUAUAAGUGUGGAUCCUGGAUGUUGUGCCCCACAGAAGUCUAAGAAGUGCGUUGUGAGUGACUGUUAGGUGUUUUGUCAUUUGAUACAAAUAACAAUGUCGUUGUGUUGGAUAAAUCUGUUUAAUGUGAAAGUUUACAUCAUGUUAAUGCGUGUUGUUUGACAGGUGAAUGAGUUCGGGCCGAGUGGUUAUGAUGCCUGUAAAACCAAAAUCUAAUUAGUGUACAAGAUGCCUAAAUGUUAUGUAUUGUCCUUUUUCAGUGCGAACCAAAAGUUAAUAUUCUUAUACUAAACUGUGAAAUAUUUCAUGCUGAUCACUUUUGUGUCUGUUUUUUUUAUGUUUUUUUUUAGUUUCUUUCUGAACACAGUCAGUAAAACGUUUGUACUUAGGGAGAGAUAUCUGUGUAGCUGUCAUUAUAAAUAAUGAUUUGGAAAACCAGGUAAACAAAUA